AUGGAAGUGCGGGCCUAUCAGAUCAACUUUUUCAAUAAUAAGCCUUUCGAUACGUACGAGAUUGGCAGCGUGGAAAAAUAUGGGUACCCCGGCCUUCGUGUCUACAGAAAAGUUCUGAUUAAAGCACUCCUUGCAAAGUGUGUUGAGAAGAACAUCGAAAUUAUCUUCGGCAAGAAAUUCACACGAAUCUUAUCGGAGUCUGAGGCCGGGGUGACCUGGGAAUUUGAAUAUGGCACUGUUGGCCAAGCGGCCAGUCUCGUUGGUACCGACGGUAUUCACUCUCGUGUUCGGUCUUACCCUCACCCUGAUAUUGAGCCAAAGUUCAUGAAUGUCAUGGCAAUUGGAGCGACAAUUCCGACGAAUCGGGUUACGCUGCCCGAGAAAUAUGCCUUGCCUGUUACAAUCAUGAGCAAAAACCAUGGCGCUUACAUCCUCGCCCCGAACUUUCCUGAUGGCUCUGAAUUAGUCAUUGUCAAACAGAGAAGAGUUGAGGAACAUGACCGGGAGGGCUGGAAGGAUCUCUUGGCUGACAAAGAAGGAUCUGAUGAUUUCCUUCGUCGGGGAGUGGAAUAUUUCCCAGACAUUGUCCGUCAGGCUAUCUCGGCAGUUACACAAGAGUCUGUAUCCAUCUGGCCCUUUUAUCAAGUUCCGAAGAUGGACAAGUGGACGUCAAAGGGAGGUCGCGUCUCCAUUCUUGGAGAUGCUGCUCAUGCCAUUCCCCCAUCCUCGGGACAAGGGGCCAAUCAAGUCUUUGAAGAUGCCUACACCUAUGCUCUGAUGCGCGGUCAGUGCGAUGGAGCCUCGUUGGAUUUUGUUUUGGCAAAAUGGCAACGUGGUCGACAGGAACAGAUUGACCGUCUGAUUGUUCUGGCCCAACAGAUGAAUGUCCGUCGCUUUCCCGAGUUGGCCCAAAAUGGAAUCAAUAACGAGGUCUUUGGAACGGAGGACUUCAACAUGGAGUGGCUUUUUAAACCGAACCUAGAUAAGCUGGUUCAAGAAUGGCUCGCUGCCUGA